AUGAAAGGAAGGCGAGCUCUCUACGACAUCUGCAUGCGCACACUCAAGCUCAACGACUCAUCUUACGGUCUCGUCUCCGCCGUCAUGUCCGUUGUCACCGCCUGCCUGCGCUUCUCCGGCCAGCUCAACAGCGAUCUCCGCAAGCUUGCCGUCAACACGCCCUAUUUCGUCCCUUUGUUUCGAGCUAUAUCUAGUAGGUCCUAUAUCUCCCGAUAUAGUCCCUUUAUCUCCCGAUAUAGUCCUUCUAUUUCUAACAGUCGUUACCUUACUUACUCCGCUAUCUACCGCGGAAAGGUGUCUAUAAAGGAGGUCGAGGACUAG